AUGAGUCAGAUCUUAAUCGGAAUAACAAGAAAUAGGUUCGCGCCUAUCGUAUGUUCCCGGCCGUUAUCGCUGGCGAAUAUUGCGUAUGGUCGAGGAAGAGGAGGUCGACCCGCGCCUGAACGACCAGUUGAAGAAAACAGAACGCCAAUUCAAAAAAUAGAUACUACCGAAAGUCCCCAGGAAAUCUGGACUACCCACAAGCUCCCUGGAAAUCCGAAAUGCUUGUAUCAAGCAGUUAUGAUGAACAAGCCAAACGCGGCUCAAACAUCUGGGAUGAGUGAGGACGAAAAAGCAGCGCGACAUAAUGCUCAAAUCCAAGCUUUCACGACUACAUUACAAACAUCGUUUUCAAGAAGAUCUGUGGGAGUAACAGGGAUUGUUGGAAUGCUUUGCAUGUCAAAUUUAAUCAUUUUCCCAACGUUGAGCAUCUGGUUUGGCGCGAUUAACGCGAUUUUGUAUUCUGGAUUGAUGUUCAGCUUUUCAUAUGGUAAUCAAAUCGCGAGACAACCCUUGCGCGGCCUUUGGUUCAAUGAAGAAACAGGCGUCACCACAGUUGCCGUCGAAAGCUACAACUUCCACAAGAGCAAAGAAGCCAACAUUUUUAUUAACAUCCCCGCAGAAAGCGCCGAUUUCGAUGUUGGUUCUUCCGUUAAAUCGCUCUUCGCAGGAUCCGAGAUUAUGGAACCACCGAAGAAUUACUUUGACAGAUGGGGAAGAACCUGCUCGAAGUUUCCCUUUCCCGGUGGCAUUUGUUUGCUUUUUAAAAACGUCGACUUGAGUGCUUCGUUAGUUGAUAAUGGUCAUGCGAAUACUUGUGUUUGGAUAGAGCCAAACUUCUUCAAGAACAGAAUCUACGAUCCCAACAUUUCCGGCAACGAAGAAAUCUUCGAGCAAUCCACCUUUUUCAAACGCGUUCUCGCACAAAUGCGCAGCAGCUAA